AAACAUUACUUAAGUAACUCUUCGCUCAUAUCCCCGCUGCAAAUUCACCGGAUCACCUGAUAAACCCACCGAGAGGAAAAAGUUCAGUCAACAUAUGGCUCUCAGAAGUGCUGUCACCCGUCUGCUCUCCAGCAGCCAAAAAUGUGCUGCUGUCACAGCGUCCAGAGCCCAGGGCACAGCUGCUGCAGCUCACAAAGAUGCUGAAGAAGUCAAGAAACCAGCAAAGGCAGCCAAGGUGCCAUUCAACUGGCGGGACGCUCUGGAUCUGGACGGUCAGCUGACAGAGGAGGAGAUCAUGAUCCGGGAUUCCUUCCGCGACUACUGCCAGGAGAAACUCAUGCCCCGCGUCCUCAUGGCCAAUAGACAUGAACAUUUCCACCGUGAGAUUGUCUCAGAAAUGGGAGAGUUGGGCGUCCUAGGCCCGACUAUUAAAGGGUACGGCUGUGCUGGCACCAGUUAUGUGGCAUAUGGUUUGAUUGCCAGAGAGGUUGAGAGAGUGGAUAGUGGGUAUCGGUCAGUCAUGAGUGUCCAGUCUUCACUGGUCAUGCACCCAAUCAAUGCUUACGGCACAGAAGCUCAGAAGGAGAAGUACCUGCCAAGGCUUGCUCGUGGAGAAAUCUUGGGCUGCUUUGGCUUGACAGAGCCUAACCAUGGCAGUGAUCCCAGCAGCAUGGAGACCAAGGCCAAGUACAACCCAUCCAGUGGUACAUUCACCAUCAGUGGAGCCAAGACCUGGAUCACAAAUUCCCCUGUGGCAGACAUUGCGGUGGUCUGGGCCAAGUGUGAGGACAGCAGGGUGAGGGGUUUCAUCUUGGAGCGUGGAAUGAAGGGCUUUGCCACCCCCAAAAUUGAGGGCAAGUUCUCGCUUAGGGCGUCUGCUACUGGCAUGAUCCUGAUGGAUGAAGUGGAGGUUCCCCAGGAGAACCUGCUUCCCAACGUCUCUGGUCUGGCUGGUCCCUUUGGCUGUCUCAACAACGCCCGGUAUGGUAUUGCCUGGGGAGCUCUGGGAGCUGCCGAAUUCUGCUUCCACGCUGCCCGACAGUACACUCUGGACAGAAUCCAGUUUGGGGUGCCACUGGCCAGGAACCAGCUGAUGCAGAAGAAGAUGGCUGACAUGCUGACAGAGAUCACUAUCGGUCUGCAGUCAUGUCUAGCCCUGGGAAGACUUAUUGAUCAGAAGAAAGCAGCACCAGAGAUGAUCUCCAUGCUGAAGAGGAAUAGCUGUGGCAAAGCUUUGGAUAUUGCUAGACAAGCCAGGGACAUGUUGGGAGGAAAUGGCAUCGCAGAUGAGUACCACAUUAUCCGUCACGUCAUGAACCUGGAGGCUGUCAACACAUACGAAGGAACUCAUGACAUUCAUGCCUUGAUCCUGGGCAGAGCCAUCACUGGACUGCAGUCUUUCACUGUUGGGAAGUAAAGCUUUUCCACUCUCUUCUUGAAAUGGACUUGAUGUGGAAUAGUACUGUGCUGCCUGUCCAUUUGUUCUCUGAGAAACACAGCCUCAUUGGGAAAAAUUAUUUUUGUAGAAACGUGAGGUGCAAUUAAUCUGCCUCACAUGGGGAGCUUUGCCUGGUGGUAUACCACAAUCACAAAUACCUCAUCACAAGAUAAGAUACGUUUUCAAACAACUGAGGGGAACCAUCUUUAACCCCCUCUGUCUUUCACUGGGUCCAACUGAGCUAUGAGACAUUUGCACAGUUAAAAUGCCUGAAAUAUACUUCAGGCAUUUAUGAAACAUAAAAUGUUACUUGUAAAUGUGGCAUUAUGAUUUGGUUUAUGUGUGAUAAUUGAAUAGUAUGUAAAUAAAUGGUUUUAAAUGAGUAGGAAGAUACAGGUAAGUGGAGGUGACAUGCUGAAUGUGCAAACCCCUUAAUGGCCUGUAAAAUCUGAUUCAACCUGUAAAUCAAAUCAAAUUAAAUUCUCAUCUGUUGUAAAGAUUGUUAUGGUGUGGGUGGCUAGUAGAGUUAACACAUCUCUGGUUUGGUGGAAUAUGAAAGUACACAACUGGGCAAGACAUAACAAAUAAAAUGUGUAUUUGCCACAGAAGCAAAUGAUUUGGUUUACUGAGUUCUGGGUAUCUGUAGUUUUAUUUAUUGUAUCAACAGGUAAUCGAACUGAACAUAAAUAAAACAUG